GUGCAAGGCUUGACAGUCGCUGCAAUCCUUCUUCCGUACGCGCACUGUUGCCAUAGUCAUGUCGGCGCUGCCAAUGGACACCAUUGCCUUAUUCAUUGCAAUUUGCUUGGCAUUUCCAAAUCCCAUUCCAGCAUCCGAUGGCGUUAAUCACACAAAUCAAUCGAUUCCCGGCUACUGCUCUCAGCUACUGGUCCAGAACGGCAGCAUUGCGAACGGCACAGGGGCAUACUUGGGGACGAUGGCACUGCUCGCAUGCGAUGUAGGCUUCGUUCCAGCCGAUGGGGUCACAAACUUCACAUGCGAUGCUUUAGAUGAGGUGCACGGUAACUGGAGCGGAUUGCCAGCCUGCCAACUGCUAGACCCUCAAGCUGCGGCAGAGAACAGCUGUAGUCCGAUGUGCACGGGGGGACUGAUGUGUGUGAACGGAACCACAUGCCAAUAUGUUAUGGUACAUACUCCCAACCUGACCAGCAUCUUCAUGCAGUAUGUCGUCCAAAAUUUUGAAGUAGAGGUGGAGUACUACGACCAUGUGGCAGACGAGUGGUUUGAAACGCGUAACUUCACUUACACCGACUUUCCAUACCGCAUUCCAUACCGCAUUCUGAUGCACGUCGGACACCAGGGCACGUAUUUCCGAUCGCGGUUCAAUAUGUACACCCCGAAGCGCUCCACAAUAUCACUCGCCUACACCGGCACCCCACCAACAGGCUACUCUGUGUUCACCUGGCCGAUGUUCCCGGUUGUCGGCAUCACUAUAACCGCAAACGACCCUCUUCUAGCAACGGUCACCGUGUCUUUGCCGACGGUUAACCCCGCGGCAAAUCUGAGAGUGCAGAUCGGUCAAGCUCGCGGCGGCAACAAUGCAUCGUCGAUCGUCACAUCCGCCAGCACCGUAGCACUAAGAAAUGUCACAGAAGGGGAAUUCUACUUCCGUGUCGCAUCGACAAGCAGUUCCUCGGCUGCUUACUCUCAGAAAGUGUUCUUCCACAUCUCAUAUCGAGAUGAGUGUCUAUAUCGGACUCACAAUUAUUGCGACUCCAAUGCUACGUGUACCAACACGGUUGGGUCCUACAACUGCAUAUGUAACGCUGGGUUUUCAGGUAACGGCAGGUCCUGCCAAGCGAUUCCCGGCUACUGCUCUCCGCUACUGGUCCAGAACGGCGGCAUCGUGAACGGCAUAGGGGCAUACUUGGGGACGACGGCCCUGCUCGCAUGCGACGUAGGCUUCGUUCCAGCCGAUGGCAUCACAAAAUUCACAUGCAAUGCUCGAAAUGAGGUGCACGGUAACUGGAGCGGAUUUCCAGCCUGCCAACAUGUUAUGGUACAUACUCCCAACCUGACCAGCAUCUUCAUGGAGUAUCUCGUCCAUAAUAUAGAAGUAGAGGUGGAGUACUACGACCAGGUGGCAGACGAGUGGUUUGAAACACCUAACUUCACUCGCACCUCUAUUACCCACAUUCCAUACCGCAUUCUGAUGCACGUCGGACACCAGGGCACGUAUUUCCGAUCGCGGGUCAAUAUGUACACCCCGAAGCGCUACACAAUAUCACUCGCCUACACCGGCACCCCACCAACAGGCUACUCUGUGUUCACCUGGCCGAUGUUCCCGUUUGUCGGCAUCACUAUAACCGCAAACGACCCUCUUCUAGCAACGGUCAAUGUGUCUUUGCCGACGGUUAACCCAGCGGCAAAUCUGAGAGUGCAGAUCGGUCGAGCUGGCGGCGGCGGCAGUGCAUCGUUGAUCUUCACGUCCGCCAGCACCGUAGCACUAAGAAAUGUCACAGAAGGGGACUUCUACUUCCGUGUCGCAUCGACAAGCAGUUCCUCGGCUGCUUACUCUCAGAAAGUGUUCUUCCAUGUCUCAGAUCGAGAUGAGUGUCUACAUCAGACUCACAAUUGCGACUCCAAAGCUAUGUGUACCAACACGGUUGGGUCCUACAACUGCAUAUGUAACGCUGGGUUUUCAGGUAACGGCAGGUCCUGCCAAGAUCGAGAUGAGUGUCUAGAUCAGACUCACAAUUGUGACUCCAAUGCUACGUGUACCAACACGGUUGGGUCCUACAACUGCAUAUGUAACCCUGGGUUUUCAGGUAACGGCAGGUCCUGCCAAGCGAUUCGCGGCUACUGCUCUCCGCUACUGGUCCAGAACGGCGGCAUCGCGAACGGCAUAGGGGCAUACUUGGGGACGACGGCACUGCUCGCAUGCGACGUAGGCUUCGUUCCGGCCGGUGCCAUCACAAACUUCACAUGCAAUGCUCUAAAUGAGGUGCAAGGUAACUGGAGCGGAUUACCAGCCUGCCAACGUAUCCGCUUUUGCACCCAUAUCACUGUUCAUGCCCAGACUGGGCCAAAAGUCGUAAUUCAAGUUGUUUCACCCAACACCGUGCCUUAUGAGGCGGCAAAAGCUAUGUGCGCCAAGGAAAAAAUGCAACUAUUGGCUCCAGAGCUCAGCUGGUGUGCAACAACUGAUGGUUCUAGUCCCUAUAGUGGUUACAAAGCAUGGCUAAAGUUUGAAGGAUUACCGGGCGAAAGGAUUGUAUCCAACAUCGGUAACGUUUCGAUGAAUACUCCAACCCUAUAUCGCGCUAUUUGCUUUAAAGUCGCCUGCUUUGUACCUGCCAUUGCUAAUGGAGGCAGUAUCAAUGAAUUUAUCCUUAAGGAUGACCAGGUGCACUACACCUGUAAUACAGGUUUUUCACGUCCACCCGGUAUAGACACAACAUGUCUGGCUGACGGAACACUACACGAAGCUCCAUCAUGUAACCUAAUCUGCACCCGUGUCUCAGGUCAAACUAGAACAAAAGUCGUAAUUCAAGCUGUUUCACCCAACAACGUGUCUUACGAGGUUGCAAAACGGAUGUGCGCCGACAAACACAUGCAACUAUUGGCUCCAGAGCUCAGCUGGUGUGCGACAACUAACGGUGCUAGUCCCUAUAAAGGUUACAACGCAUGGCUCGAUUUUGAAGGAGAUCUGGGCGAAAGGAUUGUAUCCAUCAUCGGUCCCGUUAAGAUGUAUAAUGCAAAGCUAUUUCGCGCUGUUUGCUUUAGAACUCUACACAACAGAGGUUGAUCAACCCACUAGUAGAGGCCCGUUAAAUGUGGUCAGUACACGGUGGCUGCGUCACAUAAUUGGCAGAUUCCGCUAAUAGAAAUAAAUUGUCCUCAUGCUGCCUACCUUCGUCCAAUUCUCUCCGCCCCCUUAUGUCUCUCGCUGAAGUUUCUCACUCUUUCUCUCCCGCUUUCUUUCUCUCUCUUUCUUGCUCUGCCUCUGUCUCUAUUUCUCUGUCUCUGUCUCUGUCUGUCUCUCUCUCUCUCUCUGUCUCUCUCUCUCUCUCUCUCUCUCUCU